CACAGCACUUCCCUCUCGCCGAGCCUCGCACAUUCUCACGAAACUCGAGACGAGGAUCAGGUUAUUUUCAGAUAUGGAUUUGUACAAAAUUACCCAUAACACUGUUGUUUGUGGAUGAAUUGGCGUGAGUGUGAAGGUAGAAGCGUUCGUAUUAUGGUUGGCUGAGGUGCUGGGAGGUGGGACUCGCAGUGAUGGGCGCGCGUGGAGGCCGUGUGAGGAGGUAAAGUUGCCGCUGUUGAAGUGUUAGCGGUGAGUGUGUGUGCCCAGCACCACCACCACUACCUCGUCCAUACCCGCCACUCCUGCCACUCUAGCAGCCAGGGGGCAGGUGGUCAGUGGCGGCGGCAGCGCAGGCGUGAGGCUCGUGACAGGAGGCCAGAGUAAGAGGUGGUGGGAGUGGGCCGAGGGUGUGGGGCCGCCUACACCCCCCUGCUGCUCCUGCUGGUGCCCUGUGUUUACACUCUCACCCCGGCACACCCCACACACUCACCCUCGCCUCACCCGGGGCCUCUACACCCCACGCUAGCUUCCCCAGGCGCUUCUCGACCCAAGGAGAGAUUCGCCCGGGGCUUGUGGACCCCAGGCUAAAGUCGCUUGGGGCGUCUGGACCCCAAGCUAGCUUCGCCAAAAGCUUCUGGACUCCAAGCUAGCUUCGCCAAAAGCUUCUGGACCCCAAGCUAGCUUUGCCAAAAGCUUCUGGACCCCAAGCUAGCUUUGCCAAAAGCUUCUGGACCCCAAGCUAGCUUUGCCAAAAGCUUCUGGACCUCAAGCUAGCUUCGCCAAAAGGUUUUGGACUCCAGGCUACUCUACCCCGGAGCUUCUAGACCUCAGGCCCUCCUCAUCCAGACCCCAGGCAACCUCUACCGUUAUUGCACCCUUCUUCUCUCCCCCCCCCCCCUCACGACAGACUCUAGUGUUGGGAGUGUGUGGGCUUAUGGCAGUGUGGAGGCGCAGCCCACGGCUGUAGUGUGGUGGUGACGUACUGCGGUGCGCUCGUGUCAUGUGCAGCACCGGCUGCCUGAGAUUACCCGUGUGAUGGCUGCGGUGGUGGCGUAAGGGGGGCGAGACUAGUGCAAGUGCGGGCGGACAGAGACACCCGGGAAGAUGUCGGGGAGUGGGGGCACGUUUGUGGACAGGAUAGAUCCGUUUGCUAAGAGGUCGCUUAAGAAGAAGCCCAAGAGGUCGCAGGGGUCGUCCAGGUACCGGACCACCAAUGAUGUCGAGUUGCAGCCUUUACCGCUACUUAAAGAUGUCCCUGGGUCGGAGCAAGAGGACCUAUUCCUACGCAAGCUUCGGCAGUGUUGUGUGGGUUUCGAUUUCCUCGACCCGGUGGCCGACCUGAAAGGAAAAGAAAUGAAACGUAGUACCCUCAAUGAACUUGUUGAUUACAUCACGGCUGGUCGAGGAGUUUUAACUGAGCCAGUGUAUCCAGAGAUAAUUCGAAUGAUUGCUUGCAACUUGUUCCGAACACUUCCUCCUUCGGAUAACCCAGAUUUUGACCCUGAAGAGGAUGAUCCCACUCUAGAAGCUUCUUGGCCACACCUACAACUGGUCUAUGAGUUCUUCCUACGCUUCUUAGAGAGCCCAGACUUCCAGCCAGCAAUUGGCAAGAGAGUUAUAGACCAGAAAUUUGUUUUACAGCUUUUGGAACUAUUUGACAGUGAAGACCCUCGGGAGAGAGAUUUCCUCAAGACUGUCCUACAUAGGAUAUAUGGAAAAUUUUUGGGGCUUAGAGCAUUCAUCAGAAAACAAAUAAAUAAUAUAUUUCUUAGGUUUGUAUAUGAAACUGAACACUUCAACGGUGUAGGAGAGCUACUAGAAAUUUUGGGAAGUAUAAUAAAUGGGUUUGCGCUACCACUGAAGGCAGAACAUAAGCAAUUUUUGAUUAAGGUGCUGAUUCCCCUGCACAAAGUGAAGUGUUUGAGUCUAUACCAUGCACAGCUGGCCUAUUGUGUGGUGCAGUUCUUAGAGAAGGACCCAACACUCACUGAGCCAGUCAUAAAAGGACUUCUAAAAUUCUGGCCCAAAACUUGUAGUCAGAAAGAGGUAAUGUUUUUAGGAGAGAUAGAAGAAAUACUCGAUGUGAUAGAGCCAUCACAAUUUGUCAAAAUACAAGAGCCACUGUUUAAGCAGAUAUCAAAGUGUGUUUCCAGUCCUCAUUUCCAGGUUGCAGAGCGGGCACUGUAUUUCUGGAACAACGAGUAUAUCAUGAGUCUAAUAGAAGAAAAUUCCAACGUGAUCCUCCCUAUAAUGUUUCCAGCACUCUAUAGAAUUAGCAAGGAACAUUGGAAUCAGACCAUUGUUGCGUUAGUCUACAAUGUGCUCAAAACAUUCAUGGAGAUGAACAGCAAGCUGUUUGAUGAACUUACAGCUUCGUAUAAGGCAGAGAGGCAAAGAGAGAAAAAACGUGAACGUGAACGUGAUGAGCUAUGGAAGAAACUACAGGCAUUAGAGUUGAAUCAUCAGCAACAGCAGUGAGGACACAUGAAAUGUGUAGUGCUGACUCAUGGAGAUUCGCCCGUGAUGUGCCGUCAUGAUGGUGCGGGGCGCCAGUCCUACACCCUCCCUGGUGUCAUGUGGGCCUGAGGCUGGGCCCUAGGACAACCAUCAGCAAGCCCACAUGCAUGAAGGACAGAAUAAUUUAGUUUUGAAUGUAUUCUGGUCAUUAACAAGAAGCCAUACGCAUAGCCGUGCAAAUUUUCUGAGUCAUUGUUUUAGAGAGAUAUUUGUAAGUGCUGAAAGUGUCUGUGCCCUUGAUAACCUUUUGGGCACUGCUACCUGUUCCCAGGUACCAUCCGUGGGGGAAGUGUCGCAAGGAUAGAAUUGUAGGCUAUAUGUCAAUUCUGUAUGUAAUAUUUACUAUAUGGUAGCCCACAUGAAUUGAUAACCUUGUAAUAACUAUAGGAGAGACUGUGAGAGGAGAAUGUGGUGUGAUACGGUGCUGUCUGGCCUGGAGGAAAACCCAACAAGAGUGGCAUGUAAACGUCCCAGGAGACAUGGACCAGCUCGCUGCUCCCCAUGGGGGCUGUGAUAUGCUCACCAGUUCCUCACUAGGAUUUCUUUCAAAUUGAAUUAUUUACAAAUGAUUUUAUGCAUAGGUAUUGGGCCUAAUUCUGGGUUAUGAUUUACUUUACUGGAAUUUUUAAUCUGUUGUUAUUGGUAGGCCAAUUGUUGUGUUUGGAGAGGGCUUUUAAUAUUGAACUGAUCAGCAGGUUGUUCAGGUCACAAAAAAAUUUUGUGAUUGUAGUUUACUUUGCAUUAGUUAGGAGAUAGUAUAUGUCAUUGCCCAAGUUUGAUUCAUGCAAACCACAUUGUCUCCUCUGUCUGUGAAGGUAGUCAUCCCUUCCUCUCAUGAUUGUACAUAGAUUGAGAGUCUGUGUGCACCAGUUCUUGAUACUAUUAAUAGCCAUUGUGUUGUGGCCCACAUAGUCAUUGGGAAAAUGAACAAAAAGAAACAGGACUUGGUCUUGAUUUGGCAAUGUCUAGUCAUCCCCAUAUGUGUGGACUUGGGGCGAUGAGGCCUCACCUUUUUGUAGUCUAGUUUAUGUGGAUGAUUUCACUUGCUUCCUGUUGUGCCCUGUGUUGCUAGCUGAUAGCUGGUCGGGCAGCACUGGCCCCACUGGUCAGUGGAUCUGGCAGCCGUCUGCAAACUGCCUACCAUCACUGUGUUCCCUGUAAUGGGUAUAACCUCUCUUCCACCCCCCUCCCCUCCCCUUUUUUAGGAAGUGCAUUUUCUCCUCGAGUGAGAGUUAACGUGUGCUCUCAUUAUUAAUUUAUGCAACCAGUACCGGUGUUUAGUGGAAGAAGAGUGAAAAGACUCAAAUAAAAUGAAGUCUGGCUGGCCUAAUUGAAAGAAUCUAUACCAAGUGUAAAAUGCAGUGCAAUAGUGUGAUGCAUGAACAGCUGUUAGUGGCGUUAUGACCGGGACAGUGUGCUGUGUGCAGGUGGUGUCUUGUGCAGAUGCCUGCCUUGGUGAACAAGAAAAUGGCUCGUCACACGGAACUAUGGUGUGCACUGCACCCCUCCCCCAUGCUGUCUAAAGUGCGUGUUCCUACAUGGCAACAGUAAUACUUUUGAGCUGUUGUGUACAACCAGCUGGACUAAACUGUACUUCCAUCUCUGGUAAUGAAGGUCCUCAGUAAUAUGUGAUCCUGGAAGUGUUCACCUCUGCCAACCAAAGAAUCCUCCAUUGAUGUCAGCUUCAGUUACUUGUUUGUUAUUAACCCACUGCAGACAUCAUUAGAUGCCGUCAUCCAGGGAGCCUGUCACAUUCUACAACUACUACUGCCAUCUCCAUGAGGGACAGUGCACUGAUGAUAUUGGUCACCACUGCACUAUUAUGGUGGCAGCCAUCUCUGGGACUCGUUACACUACCCAUUUUAUUCUCAGUAUCAAGGAACUUCACACUUGCCACCUUCACCCAUGGUAACCAUAGCAUUGACCAGCUUGAUUUUGACAUUUCAGUUUGUGGAUUUUAAAUUGCCAGCUUGAAAGAUCCAUAAGGUGCACUAUCAAGUUAUCAGUACCCAAGGCUUGUGAUAUGGGCCCUACAGGCCAUGUAUAUUCUCAAAAUGUGUCGUUCAUCAUUUGAUAAUUGAUGAGUGAGAUAAUUUGCACCUAUUAUAUAAGAAACCAUUCAUGUGCACUUAAACUACCUUAAGGUAAUAGGUUUGAGGCAACAACCCACGAGAGACAAAGUGAGCUGGCCUCUUCCAACCCAGUUCACAAGUGACUAAGGGGUUGCCAUAGGACUGCAGACCAGCUCUAACCCCCAGGAACCAGGUGGUGUUCAUCUGCCCCUUCCAUGUUCUUGAUGGGCAUCAAGGCACCUGCACAAAUCAACCAAUCUAUUUUCAGUUAAGCUUGUAUACAUUGUACAGUCAACUUUGAAGUGUAAUACUGAUGGUAAGACUAUGCUAGGAAUGUGAAGAUAGUUGGAAAAACAAUUGGACACAUCUGCGGUGUGAAGACUUUGGAUGUCACACUUGAUGUAGACUUAGCCUUUGCCACAUGCUUUACUUCUGCCUUGUAUGUUUGUAAAUUUAACUGUACAUGUACAUACACCUGAAGCCGAGUAGGGUGUUGGUGUAGCAGCCUGCUCAGGGUCCAGAUUGCACCUGAUCUAAUCCCCUAAACUUUUAUUUUAAUAAUGAAAUUAUUUAAUUUCUAGUUCAGCUUGACUGCAAUGUAAUGUUUCAAACCCUUGAUUUAAUUUAUGAUAAAGCAGAAGUAAUCAUUACAUUCUCUUGUGCUUAUAGGAAGACUUGUGUAGCUUCCUCUGGAGUCUCAUCACUUUGUAGCAACUGGAGCAGUGAUCAUUCUAAUUUUUGGUGGGCAGGCCAGUGUUGAUGGAUCUUAUUCUGGGGGUAGUAUUAGCAGGGUUUCAUGAAGGUGGUGGUGGCAGUCAAAUUUAUUAAUGGGUCUCAUGUGUAUGUAUAUAUAUAUGGAAUAAAUUUUAAGGGGUGUGACGAGUUUGGUUGAAGCUUUCCAAGUGAUGAUCAGUACAUGGUUGGAGCACAUAUCAUGAAAUUGAAAUCUAAUCCAUACAUUAAGUUGAUGGUAUUAAUGUAAUUGCCUCUUCAAGAGAAGAGAUAAGUGCUAAUUCUGCCCUUUGUGGAGUGACUUGACCCAAGCCAAUAUGGAAAUGAAGACAUUUGUGCAUUUUGGUGAAGGGGCUAAUAAAAGUGUAGGAAGUUUAUGGACAGAGAUGGACUCUAGUAGGCUGCUGCCUCAGCUUCAGAAUGGCAUUCUCUGGGUUGCAUCUUUCACUUGUGGAGAUGUGAUAUUUUAAUACUGCUUUUUCUGUAUGGAACUUGUUCUAUUAUUUCUAUUUCCUGUAGACUAGAUAGUGCCAACAUGAUGCAGUAGCAUUAUGCAGCUAGGGACUCACAGCCACUGUUAAGUGCCAGCUUGGAGACUUGGCGGUGUUGGUGUUCCUCUGGGCUGUCCUCCCAGGACCCAGUACUGCCUGUUGUGAGCCACAUGUCCGUCGCCUCGUCAGUCAGUGAAGCAGCAGCAACAUCGCCUCAACAUUUUUAACUCCAAUCAGACUGGGAUGUUAAAAUUAAGUAAUACCGUUAUUGUAAUCUUCAUAACUUUCUGUUCACAUACUGUAAAGCAAGACAAUAAAGAACUUAAAAGUU